AAAUGGCUUACGAAUUGGCAAAGUUAUUCUCAAAGUAUUUCUUAAAAAUAUCUAAAGGGUUGUAACUCAUACAUUUUUUAGAGACAUUUAAGUGAUAGGAUUAGAAAAUAUUCCAAAAGUAAUUUCCAUAUUGUUAUUCAUAGGAUGGUCCUAUACUACUUUAUGGAAAUCAUAAUAAUCAAUUUAUUGAUCCAUUAGUAUUUAUUUUUAUAAUAUUAGUUAAUAAUAUCAAACAUGACUCGUAAGAUCAAUUUUAUUGCAGCUGCAAAAGUAUUAUUAAUUCCUAUAAGUUAGAGCAUGAGAAAACCUAUAAUUGGAGACAUAGGAAGAGCUCUUGGUGGAAUUCCUGUAGAAAGACCUUAAGAUUUAGCUAAAAUAGGGAAUGGUAUUUUAAAGAAAUAUGAUGGAACAUAUUUGAUUGGAGAAAAUUCUUAAUUUACUAAACAAUGUCAAAUACAUGAUUCAAUACUUAUACAAGGAGUAAUUUAAAAAUAUAUUAUAAUAGAUUGAUACUAUUAUACUUAUUGUUGAAAUUAUUAAUGACACUAAAAUUAAAAUUCAAUGUGAAGAUUCGAGUUAACUUCAUAUUAAGAAUAACAAAUAUAAAAUUUAACCAAAAGUUGAUCAAUCAUAAAUGUUUGAAUAAGUUUGGGUUGCAUUAAAACAAGGAAAAUGUAUUGGAAUAUUUCCAGAAGGAGGAUCUCAUGAUAAUACAACUUUAUUACCUUUAAAACCAGGAAUAUGUAUUAUGGCUCUAGGAGCUAGUUAAAAAUAUUAAACUAAAGUUAAAUUAUAGCCUGUUGGAUUAAAUUAUUUCAAAGGUCAUAAAUUUAGAUCCAAAGUUAUCGUAGAAUUUGGAGUUCCUUAUGAAAUUAGUUAAUAAUUAAUUGAUACCUAUGCUAUCAAUAAGAGAUAGGCUAUAAGCAAAUUAUUACUAGAAAUAGAAUAAGUAUUUAUUUACAAUAUUUAAGCAACUUAAAUCAGUUACUAUUUAAGCACCAAGUUAUUCACAUUUAUCAGCUGUUAUGAUAGGUAGAUCACUAUAUUUACCAGAUAGAACAAGACUCUCUCCUUAAGAUCUUUUAUAAUUAACUAAAAGGUUAAAUUGUAUCUUAUUUUCUUUGUUAGAUUUUCAUAGUCAUUUUAUAAAUUAAAAGAUCAUCCUGAAGUAAAUGAAGUUUUAACUGAAAUUAAACUCUAUAAUUAUAAACUUAAAGCUUUAGGUGUAAAAGAUUGGGAAGUUAUGAGAAUGUAAAAGAGAAUUUAUUUGGAUCUUCAAAUAAUUGGAUUUAAUAUUUUUAUGACUUUACUUUGUUUACUUUUUGCUUUUCCUGGAUAUAUUAUGACUAUUCCCAUAACUCUCAUUCUUAAUAUGUAUGCAGAAAAAGAAAGAAAAACAGCAUUAGCUGGGUCUAAAGUGAAAAUAUCUGGAAAAGAUGUUGUUGCUUCAUUUAAAGUUUUAGCAUCAAUUAUAAUUGUUCCUAUUUCAGUUAUAAUUUAUACAAUCUUAUUUUAUAUAUGGCUUAGUGUCUACAAUAUAGUUGAUGAAGAAUAUACUCUUAGAUACACAAUUAUAUUUUUACUUAUGUGGCCAAUAUAUAUAACUGCUAUGAUUAGAUCUAAUGAUGGUUUAAUUAGACAUGCUAGAAAGGUGAAUAGUUAAAUCUUAUUUUAUUUAUAUGAAAAUAAGUAUCGAAAAUUAAAAAAAUAAAGAGAAGAAUUAUAAACUAAGGUAAUUAAUAUUAACAUUAUUUUAGAUUAGAAAAUUGGUUGAUACUUUUGGAGAAGAAGUCAUUCAAGACUUUAAUCAUAAUAGAAUUGUUCAAAAAAGCUAAUUAUAAUCACCUAAAUCAGUAGCUGAAUUAGAUAUCUAGAAUGUUUUUGAAUCACUUUAAGAAUUGGGAAUUUGA